AUGUGGAUUGCUGAAGGGUUUAUACGGAAACAAGAGGGUUUGAGUUUGGAGGAAACUGCUCAAAAUUAUGUUGAAGAUCUUAUCAACAGGCACUUGGUUGUAGUUGGCCAGUAUAGUCUUGAUGGUAAAGUUAAAACAUGUCGCGUUCAUGAGAUGCUUCAUGAUUUUUGCAAAAUCCAAGCUACAAAGGAGAAUGUCCUUCAAGAAAUUAAGUUUAAAAAUGGAGUAUUUGAACCCCCAAUUUCCGAACUGCCACACUAUCACCGCCUUUGCAUCCAUUCCUGCGUUCUUGAUUUUCUGCAAUCCAAACCUCAUGGCCCUAGUGUCCGUUCCCUUGUUAGUUUCUCCAGUGAUGAAGUUAACUUGCCUUCAGUAACUAUUUCAACUAUCUAUGCAGCUUUUGAAGCAGUUAGAAUUUUAGAUGUCAAGCCUUCUAGUGACAUGUACCGAUUACUUCACUUGAGGUACCUCUCUUUGUCCUGCACUCUAUCUGUUCUUCCUGCUCACUUCUCCAAGCUUUCGAACUUGCAAACUCUUAUUGUAGAUACAACAUCUUUCACCCUUGAAGACAAAGCAAAUAUAUUGAAUUUUGUUCAGUUAAGGCAUUUUAAGACAAAUGCAACGGUUAGUUUGCCCAGAGUUAGUAACACUAGACAAGAAGCUGAAAACCUACAAACACUGGGCUUGAUUUCACCCGAAAGCUGCACGGAGAAAAAUUUAGGCAGGGCUCCUAAUUUGAAGAAACUGGGCAUUCGUGGAAGACUAUCCUUGCUAAUGGAUGGAAAGGAAGACUCGUUCGAAUGUGUGGGUAGACUGGCUUAUCUUGAAAAGUUGAAGCUAUCAAAUUAUGCAUAUCCUCACUCACCAUUAGCAGAUCCAGUGCGCAAUCUCCCCCCAGGCUAUAAAUUUCCUCCGAGAUUAAGGAGCCUAACUCUAUCUAAGACUAGUCUUGAUUGGAGUCAGAUGCAUGUCCUAGGAUCUCUGGAGGAGUUGAAGGUCCUCAAGUUGAAAGAUAAUGCAUUUGUGGGUGAUACUUGGGUGACAGGUGAUGGAGGUUUUCGCAAUCUUGAAGGUUUGCAUAUUAAGCUCACAGAUUUAGUGAUUUGGGUUACUUCCGCCAAUCACUUCCCGAAACUCAAACAUCUUGAGCUGUACAACUGUAAUAAACUUAAAGAAGUUCCAAUUGAACUUGCUGAUAUACUAAGCCUCCAGCGGUUGAAAUUGUUCCGAGUUGAUCUUGCAGUUGCUUCUGCAAAGAGGAUUCAUAAGAGAAAGCACCGUAAAGACAUAGCGUUCGAGCUCUCCAUUUUUGACCCAAAAGCAGUGGGACUUCCCCUUCAUUGA